AUGCACUUCCCGUUUCCGAAGCCCAUUCACGGGCAGAUCGCACGAGUGUAUUCCCAAACCAGCAAUCAGACUGAAACCUCACUACUCUCCAUUCCGGCCGAACUUCGCAAUGAGAUCUACCAAUACAUCCUGGUAGAUGACGCGCCCGUUGUGAUCGUGGACAAAGCAAAUAACUCGGUCAUCAAGGCCAGCGGCUUCGCAGGUAACGCAGCCAUACUUCAGACUUGCCGCCAGAUAUACCACGAGGCAAUCGGCGUUCUCUAUGGUCAAAAUGUGUUCCGAUUCAACUACGGUAUACUCAUCGAUUGUUACGAUUUUCAUACGAUUAUCAUCAAUCCUGUAGAGACAUGUUAUAAGUGGACGCAACAUAUCGGAUCGAGCCUCUCAAAACUGCGUACCGUUGCCAUCAACUUGGCAACACCGAAUAUACCCGCCGAUGUUUCCGGUCAUUCUCCGUGGGAUGACUUUGACAGCUAUUCCAGCAAGGACAUGAAGAUCUUGCCUUUGCUCGACGUCUUCUGGAACGGAGUCGCAUGCAACCUGUCAGUUCGUUUUGAGAGUAGUGGAAAUCCCGUACGUCCCCACUUUGACGUCGAACUCCUCACCAAGGUUCUAUACGAGUUGGGAAAGAUGGACACACUCAAGUUGAAGAUCGCGCGCCGUUUGAUAUGGAGCGUCCGAGUGGCUUCAAACGGCAAAGAGGGCACCAUAUGCUUUUUAUCGACUAGUCGCAAGGUCGAUGUCAGACGACAGUUCCUACUGUCGGAGAAGACCCAGCAGUACGAACUUCCACCGAGCCAACCCGGAUUCCUCGAUCUACCUGUCAACAUCAUUAAGUUCAUUAAUAGAUUGGCGCCCAGCAACCAUGAGGUCACAUACAACUUCUACACAGGUGUUACGCAUCGCUACGGUUUCGGUAUGCUCGACGUCAACCUGGAAACCCGCGGGAUGGCCCUUGUGGACUUUCACCGCAACAGCCGUGUUAUUAUCAUCCUAGGCUCAGACACUUGUUUGUCUUCCGAGGCCAUGUUUAGCGGGCUUGAUCGCCGCGUUGCGCAAUAUUUCGAUCGCUUGACCGAUCGCUUGACCGAUCGCAGAAGGCUGCAGCACUGUACACCAGUUUCAGCGGCCCAGAUGUACAGGACUGCACCGACCAUCGUUUUGCAGUUCCAGACGGAUAAGCUGUUAAGUCAGGCGAAAGUUCGCAUCAACGCAAGGGAUCUGCUGCGGGCUACCUGCGUCUUCCCAGCCUAUACUACGAUCAUCGUUCGCGUAUGUGGCCUUGGUGAGACCCGGGACCAUACUACAAGAUUGGGCGAGAUCCGGAAGCAUGUCUUGGUUCUGAUGGAGCACUCACUGGGGAUCACACUGACGGUUCGCGAUCCUAUGGUAGAGAUUGAGCUCAACCAUGACUGUCUCCCCGUGCGGGUCACCUCCUGGAGCAAUCGAGGGUUCCUUCGUCUCGAUAAGACGGUGGAAAUAGUGGAUAUUGCUUGGGUACAAGAUAUGGUGAGGGCGAGGACGUGGAGACCGGAAAGGCACAUGAAUGGGUUCGUGAGAUACGGCAUGCCAGAAGGCUGGGAUAGCGAGACGCGUUACAGCCUUAUCAAGUGUCUCAAGAACCUUUGUUCGUGA